GAAUCAGCUGGCCGCUCACAACACGUCUGGCUCCCUCACGCUCAGCCGCGCUGCCCCGCUCAACAUGAUCACGGAAUUCUUACCGUUUUGGACCCACAGUGACUAUCUGGUGCAGUGAGAAUGAUCCAGUAGGUGCACUAUACCUGCGCCUCGAGAGUCAGAGCGGUGGAGGUUCACAGUGGCCGGAGAAAAGCCAUCCAAAAUGACGCUCUAGCAAGCCUUUGUUCGGAGGCUUGUCAGGGCGACCACACCACCUCCGCGCAGCUAUUGAAUUUUUUUCUUUUUUUGCUCCAUCUUCGGUUGUUUCCUUCGUCGCCUCCAUGGAGUGAUUUGGCAGCAAGUUGUGCGGCGAGGGACGUGCAAAGCAAGGAAGCCGAGCCGAGAGGUCGCUCGUGAUUAAGGUAACGCAGCGGUGUGUGGCGAGGUGCAGGAGAGGGGGGCGGGGUGUGGAGGUGAGGCAGGGGAGGGGAGGGUGGCAACACUGCAGGUCACGUGAGGCCAGUGUUGCCACCUCAGCAGUCACCCCUCAGCCACCACCCCUGGGAAGAUGAGGUCGAGUAGCGUCGAGGAGGUCGGGGGGCAUGGGCCUGGGGACCCGUGGGAGGUGUUCACGGCGCUGGCCAUCCUGGUGGUGGAGGGGAGGACGCCUGGCGGGGAACGAGGCUACCACGCGGGGCCUCACUGUCCCCUGCCCCACCAGCUCCAGCACAAGCACUCCUGCGAUCCCAGCCAUCACGUGUGCAUGCAGGCGAGUGCGUUGGUGCGGCAGCUGCGGGUGAUGUGGGGCGUGGGGGUGGGCGUGACGCUGGAGGUGCUGGUGGCCCCGGAGUGUCGGCACGGGGCGGCGCUGGCCACUACCCUGGACACGACCACCGCGCCUUCGCAGAACCUCCGGCUGAUUGAGCAAUGGAACUUCACCAUCUCUGACCGCAGGCUGCCUGAGGCCACCACCACAGGCUGGUCCCUGAUAGCAGCUGUGCGUUCCUUCCUACACUUCUCCCAACUCUCCGCCUGGCUCAGUGUGUCUGGAGGUUGUCGCCCACCCAAUGUGCUCUACCGUCUCACUGUCACCUCACCCGUCUUCUGUUCAAAGUUCACUGCUGAGGCAGAGGAGCAUGUGUUUCCCAUCACCUACAUGGGGCAGGAUACCUCCAUCAAGGUGUCUGUGAGGUCACUCCCUCGCAGUGAGAACGUCCCAGUGGUGGAGUGUCCAGAGCCACAUGAAGAGCUGGAAGCUGGCAUGUGUGUGUCUGAGACAUAUCCUGAAUUCUCUUCCUCUUCCACUGCCUCUUCCUGUACAACUGCUACCCCCUCCACCGCCACUACUGCAUCUCCAUCUUCAUCUCCCUCCUCCUCCUCCCAGGCCAAGACAGAUGGUAGCAGGUGCGAUGAAGAUCUUCGGAGAAGUGUGAUGAAGGCCAAAAUCGCAGAAAACACAAGAAUUACCCGCAGUGAAUCGCCAGACACACAGCUCGGAGAAUCUCUCUUGGAUCCCCCUCAUUCCCUCACUCGCUUUCCUCGUCGCUACCAGUCUCCAUCCCGCUCAGGCUCCCCCUCGUUGGAAACACCUGAGCACCUCAUCUGCCGCCCCAGACCACCGGCACCACAGAACACCAAACCUCCGGAUAUUACCAUGAUGAUCAGACCUGCACCCACCACACACCCUUUCUCCUGGACCCAGGCACGCUACCCCAUGACUCCUGUAGUCCACCAGCCUACCAUGGACUCUGUAUGUCCCCCAAGGGCUGAUGUGAUGCAUGCAUCCCACCACCACCACCAUCACCACCCUCAGCCCCACCACCAUCAGCUGACACAGAGCUCAUUUGGAUUUGACUUCUCAGGUUCUUACCAGCCAUACCGCAGACCACAGCUAGUGUACAACAGACCACAGAUGUGUUGGCCACAGGUACAGCAGGUGAUACAGCAUAAGCCCCAGCAAGUCACCCUUCACCCACAGCAGACUCCUCUCUCUCUGAACCCAUGCAGCUACAGCUCCCAGCAGAAGACACUGACACAGGUAUCUCCAAGGGGAGGCAAGUAUCAGCACUACCCAGAAUAUCAAUCCCUUGACCUGCCAGACACCCAUACCCUGAUAGGGGAGUACCCUGAGCCCAUGGGUGUACAAAGUGAUGGAGUGCCUGUAGGGGAGUAUGAGGAGCCUCACCUAUAUGCCAAGCUGAGGGGCGUUGUUGAGCCAUCAAUGUCUAGCGGCAGCAGUGUUCAGGAGGGUAGCAGAGAUCAAGGGGUAAAAAGGCGCGGAGAAUACCUGAGUGAAUAUGAGUACCAGGGAGAGCACCAGACCUGCAAGCGGGAGUAUUAUCAGAAGUCUCUGUCCAUCUCUGAGGCCUCGCACCCCAUUGACGAUCAGGAGAGUGCUCAGCGUAGCACUCGUGUGAAGCAAGGAACCAGUAAGCUUAGUGGGUUGACUAAAGAAGGGAAUGAACUUCCCAAGGUAUUGGAUGAUCAGAUGAGACCCUGUUGCUCCCAUACUGGCAAGCACCUAUGUUCCAGCAUUGAAGACCUGUCAGAAGUGGGUAGCACAGAGGAACACAUGUCAGCACAGCUGUCUGCUAAGGAACUGAAACAGGGAAUGAAGCAACGAGAAGUGAGUCCCAGCCGACUGUUACACACAAAAGUUAACUUUGACCUGACUCCUAAGGAGACCAUGGAGAUACUGAGUGUGUUGCGGCAACCAGCUCCGCUUCCUCCCCUGCGCAUGGAUCGUCACAGGGGAUCAUAUGAACCUGUGUCCCCACGGGGCUCAGAAGCCAAGACAUCUGGGUCAGGCAUGGUGGGGGACAGUAGUGCUGGCAGCAAGUCAUGGGAAAAUAAGAAUUAUGUUUCUAAAUUGCUGAAAGAUAGAGCAAAGUGCUGGAAGGAAGAAAAUUAUGAAUCUGCACUAAUUGGUAGUAAAGCUGAACAUUUAGACAAUCUAGAGAAAAGAGAGAAGGCAGCUGAUCAAUCAUGGAAUGAAGGCAAGAAAAAUAUGGGACCAGCAUAUCUUACUUCCAUAAGCUCUCAAGGACAAUAUAGUGAAAGGUGCCAUAAUAAAAAUUGGGGCAGAGGAAGAGAAGGUGUGCAAGAGCUUCCCUCUAGUCCCGAAAACCUGUUUCUUGAAGCCAUAGCACGCAGUGGCGAGAAGCAUUGUGAUAUUCCUAGUUGUAAGACUUUAGUUGAUAGCCGUGAGUCAUAUCGGACCAGAGUGUGCAAAGAUAUAAGUAUGGUGUCUUGUGAUAAUGUGAGUAAAGGAGUGUCCAGUGAGAUCAACAAAUGUGAUACAAAAAAUUUUAGUGGAAAAAGUGUGCAAUCGUCAUCAAGUGAAAUGAAAUGUGUUGAGGCUAAGAAGAUUACCCUGAAGAUGAGUGUCUUCACUGCCAGUAGCGAACCAGCUAAACCAGUCAUAUCUCAGCCCAUGAAGCAAAUUUCGCAAACACUAGGGAAGAGUCCAUUUAGUGCACUUUUAUCAAGUAUUCAAAAGGACAAUAGAAGAGUCCUGGAUGAUGAACAGAAUCAUUGCCAAGAAACUGGGAAGAGUAAAACAUCUUUUGGAGGAAAAGACUUUGUCAAAAGGGCAUUAAAUUUUGAAGUUCAAAGGUCUAAUGAAAUCCUGAAAUCUGAAAGUCAUUCUGCAGUGGCCAUUCCAAGCAAAGAAAGGACAUCAGUGGAAGUUGUUAGCCAGAAUAUUCCAGUGCAGAAUGGCAAAGACCUAGAGAGAUCCUUACGGGAUACUCGUGAAGGGUUUGUGAAGAGCACUAGUUUGCUCAAACACUUGAUGACAAAAACGUAUCAUCAAACUCAGGACAUCACUCAGGGUAACAAACAGAUAAAGCUUGAGGAAGAUGAUAUGGACUGGAAGGAGUCAGAAGAGCAGAGGCAGCUUGAUGGCAGUGAAAAUCAAGAAAUGGAAGUGCUGGAGGACCAGGAGAACAACAUUGAUGAUGAAGUUGAAAAAAUAUGCAAUGGAAAGGGGGUUCCCAUUCCCUCUGCCAGUGCAAAAGCUCAGUUCCGAAGAUCUUUGGAUUCUGCCACAAAUAUGGUGUUCCAUAGCAAAACUGGCUUGCCCCUCACUUCAUCUCCAGCACCUCUUAGGAAAGGGAAGCGCUUUGACUAUGACUCCACACUUAACUGUGUUGCUGCUAUCAAGAGAUCGACAUCGUUCCACUGCAGUGCCCUGUACACGUGUGACAGCGAAGAGGAUGAAAGCUACUCUGUGGAGCUGAACGUCAACAAUGUGCUGCAGAGCAACACCUACAAACCCAGCCAGCUGUCCACCUCGGCCCCAGCCACUGUCACUUGCUCCAAUCUCCUGGGCAGCUUUGAGGAAUGUGUGUUGAAUGGGCGGCUGGAGCCUGUGUCAACUGUGCAGGGCUUCACAGCAGAGAUAGCAGCCUCGGGAGCCUUCUGUCCCAAGCGCACCACAAAGCCUGUUACUGUGUUCUUCUACACCCUCUGUGAUAAUGACCAGAUCUCCUCUCCCUACAUGGGCCAUAUAAACCUGGGAAAGAAGGGCUACCAUGUUCCCAACAAAGGUACUGUCCAGGUGACUCUCUUCAACCCGCACGGCACUGUGGUGAAGAUGUUUGUGGUGAUGUAUGACCUGUCCGACAUGCCGCCCAACUCCCGCACCUUCGUUCGUCAGCGCACUCUCAAUAUGCCAGUAGGGGCCAGUGACUCUGAUCCCAAUGCUCACCAGUGGCUGCGUUACCUCAUACACCUCAGGUUCGUCAGCUCCAAGUCUGGCAAAAUCUACCUCCAUACUGACAUCCGCAUGUUAAUCUUCCGCAAGAGUGACGCUGAUGCAGCCAAUCUCCACAAGACCAGUGUCCCUUAUGAGUUGCGCUCUUUCACCCAUGGCCCCACCAACCCCAAGUUUUCCCCAAGGAAGUAGAGAAGAUGCCACAUUCCUGGAUGCUCCUUCAGCUCAAUGAGGGAUGGUGCAUGUGGUCUGCUGGUCACCUGGGCAUCUCAAAUCUUAGCACAUUCAAAAACUAAGGGCUUUUUAAGGAUAACCACAGGUAAAGAUUAUAAAGUUUAUCAAAACACCUAAUUUUAGAUGAUGGCUAAAUGGUGCAUUUAACAAUAGUUUUUAACCAUAUCAUAUUCUUGUAUAAUGAAGUUGGUUGAUAUAUUGUGUAAAGAUAUAAUGACAUAACUUCCAGUUAUUAAUUCAUAUUUUAAAAUGCAAAGAUAAUGCUUCCAAUAAAGCUGCUGAAUGUGGACGAAACUACCCUGAGGGAAAAAUGUAUGAAGUGUUUCCCAGGUGAUGAUGUUAGUCUGAAUGACCUAUAAGUUCCUGAUCAACUUGUGUGCUUGACUUGAACUUGAGUGUGUGUGUAUGUGUGUGUGGGAGGAAAGACCUGAGCCUGACUGCAGCAGCCAGCUGUGCAUGGGUGACCACUGCCUGUGAGUGGUGCAAGUGAUGAUUUGUCUGCACAUGUGAUAGCGUUAAUUGAUAAUAAUGAUAGUUGAUCUCAGUAUUGCCUAUAAAUGAUGCAGAUUAUUUUUAAAGUCUGUUGUUUCAGUCAUGUGAUAAACUUAUGGUUGAGUUUUGAUGACCGUUUUCACUGUAGUCUUAUGAAGUUAUAAAUUGUUUUGACUUUCCCUUUGAUUUUAUCAUAGAAAGUAUUGAUAUCAUGCAUUCUUAGAAAGUUUUAAUUGGAAAUAUCUAUCAAUUAUGACAUGUAAGAAUAAUAUUGUCUGAAGUUCCUUACAUUUGUUUAAAAAUGCUUGCUUAAAAAAUUAUUCAUAACUGUGGUUACUUUUCAUAAAAGUAACUACAUGGUUUAUGAAUGUAUUAACUUGCAGAUGAAAACACUGAUAUACUUGCCUCAAGUCUUUAGUUGUUACUUAAGACAGAUUUAGUAAGUAAUAAGUCGGUCAUCUUCAUUUUGGAAAGUUUCAUAUUAAACUGUGAUAACCUGUAGUUGCUGAAUGUGGACAAAACGAGAGAAUUGACAAAACUCCUGAAGGGUUUGAAAAUGUUUGGUAUGGGAAUUUCUAAAUGAAGAUUGCAUGACAGUAUUCAUUAAUGUGCCUGUAUUAUAUAUAUUUUUUAUUGUUGGACUCAUGAAAUGUUUGACAAUAUGAUAAGCUGCUCACCCUCUGGUGACCUAGGUCUGCAAUACCUCCUUUCUACAGUGACCAGAAUCUCUUCCUACUGAGAUUGCAUGACUAUAUUUAUAGAUACAUAUUUGUCAUGUACAAUAUAUUCUAUCUACAAGAUAUAUCCACAUCAUAAAAUCUGUAAAUGAUUUUAUUUCCCAAAUUGACUUAGAUAUAUCUAAUUAUCUGAUGCUCCAUCAUCACUUUAAACUGACAUUAUGUCAUGGAGGCCUUGAUGUAAGUGCUCCUUUGUGAGGCAUUGUGGGGAGUCUGCAGCUUGUGGCAUUGAUCAUAUUGACAAGGGGUAGCAUGAUGUAAUGUUGAUGUGGAAGGUGAUUUUACUUCUGCUCUAGGGGGAAAAAAAAGCUACCUUAGUCUAGUGGAAGUGGUGGAUGAUGGAAAAUUAUGUGGUUGUACGUACUACAUUAAAUGCACUUUAGAAACUAAUAUUUUGAAUUUUAUGUACGUUGCAUGUUGUGACCUCACUUAGAAGGAUCUACUGAUAUUUGAAUCAUAAACUUUUUUGACAUUCACUGAUUUUGUAAUUGUAUCUUUAUCAGGCCAUGGAAACAAAAUCAUACAUUUGUGGUUAGUAAAUGACACACUGAAAAAUGUAAGGUGUUUGAGAUCAGUGUUAAAGUACCAUAUUCAGUUAUAAAAAUUACCAUCAGUAAUGAUUCGACUCCUUAGCAGGAAUAAGGUCAGUUUGAAGGGAGAGACUAGUGUUGGGGUCAACAGUCCACUCGUAUGUAACUAAAAUUUUUGUGAUAGUCCCAUUCUGCAGUUACAAACCUAUGCAGGCAGAAGCAGCUGCUUCAUUAAAUGAUUGUAAAAAAAAGUACCCGACAUCUACCUUAUUGCAAUUUGUGAAUGUGAUUGUACUUGUACCUCCAUACGUCAUAAUGUUGAUGGUCUGUCAUGAAUAUGGAUAAAAAUGCCAAGAAAAUGUCUUAGCUGACAGUACCUCUGACAAUCCCAAGGAAAAGCUAGUGUCAUUUGACAGUUUUGCAGGCCAGUGUCAACAUCAGAAUAUUUCUAGAAUUUCCUCUGUUUCUGGCCACAGAGCCAGUCAUGCAGCAGUUGUGGUGCCCUUUCUAGCUGUGAUACUGUUUUCAUAAUGAAAACAGCUGAAGAGAUGGAUGAUUGGGCCUUGCUGCUAUAGGUGUCAUUUUGCAUAGAGUGGAUUUUCAGACCAAAUUGUAGGUGCAUACAUAUUCAAUGGCACAAUGAGUUGAGAUAAUGGCCAUGAUAGUAAUGCUGAGUCAAAGGGUAGAGAUGUAUUUCAAACUUGUGGGUUAGAAUAAGUACAUCAUGUACCAUGACGUCUUUCAUGUUAUUCAUGAGAAAUGUUAGGCCCCAUCCACACAAUCAGGCACUGCCCCUCACUGGGCAAAGUCUGUGGACACGCUUGUAUUCUUGUCCACACGGCAGUGUGGACUGCCUGCCGUGUGGACUGCCAUGUGGGCAAAAACCAAAAUGUCCAGUCAAAGCCAGGCAGGAUGGGUUCUCUUGGUAAGGCCAUGUGCAGUAUGACAACUGUGUAGCAGGAAGGACUGCAAAAAGCCAGUACUGUGUAACAUAAUCAUUGUUGCUAUGUGUGUGAUAAAAGAAAAGGAGCAAAGUGGGGGAAAAAAAAAAAAAAAAAAAAAGUCUUCGUAUGUUUGGCAGCGACGUACUACAGGGCAGUUCCUGGCAAAAUCGCUCUACUACCAGCAUGGGCAUUUAACUCAUUUGCCUGUGGGCACAAGUGGUAAGCCUGUCAACAGGCAAAUUGCUUGUGGGCACUGCUCAAUUGUGUGGAUGGGUCUUUAAAGCAAAGAUUUUGUGGUAAAUUUAUGGUACAGCAGUUCACCACCCAGAAGUCUGUAAGAGAGACAUUUAACAUGAAAAAACUCAUGCAUAUUGAAUGACUUACAGUUCAUGGUUUAGAUUUCUUCAUUUGGGAAUCAAUAGCCUUGUGCCACUGUCAAUAUAUCAAAGCUAAGGAAGUGUGUCAUAAAAUUGUUGAGGAUUAUCAGUUUCCGAGUGCUUUAGGGAGGCAGUUAAAGUUUCAUGCAGCAAACACGCACAACUUGAAUGUUUAUAACAAACGUUUAAGCUGAGACUCCAUGUACUUUGUGACAAUGUGUCCAUGAUGGUUUGGGUGACUUAAUCAUAAUUAGUGUUGCCUUGGCUGCCAAUGUGAAGCAAUGUUGUGUCUUUGUGAUGAAGGGCUCCCCAAUAUCUUUUUCCUAGUAUGAACCUGGUUAAUGCAACAAUACGUAUUUGAAACACAACUUUGACAUAUUUUGGCACUUGAGGCUUUCAGCACUAACAGUGAAUGAGUCAGCUAAUUGGAAAAGUGUAGUAUUGGAAAAGUAAUGGAAGUGAAUAUAAUAUUUCUUGUUGACUGAGCCACAGGCCAGAGUGCUGCCUGAUGCUAAGAUAUGAUUGACCAGAUAUUGUAAAGAGUUGUUUAUUUUAUGCAUAUCUGUGCAUAUAUACAACUACAGCUGCCAAAUGUUCCUUGUGCCUGGUCUGAACUCUAAAAAAAUUCAAAUAUAGAAUACCAUUGGGACUGACCAUAUUUCCAAAAAUGCUUAAGACAUGCAUGCUACAUUAUGCUGAUUAUGUGUUGAAAACUUAAUACAUAUAUAUUAGCAUAUGCUAAUUUAGUCCUCUUCAGUAAACCUUGCAGGAACUUCAGUUACAUCAUGCAAGUGAGCGUUUCCUGAUUGGUCUACUUCCAAUUAACAUAUCAAUUACAUUCAACUUUUAGGCACUUGUUAAAGUUAUGUAGCAGACUGGCAUCCACAUCACUACAAGGGCAAAGGUCAUCAUUGUUAACUAGAAGCCCGUCACUACUACAGCCCCAUCCCACAGGGCUCACAGGUUCAUACAGUUAAGGAGGUAAUGUUUGGGAAGUGGCCUAGAGUAACUAUUUACUUCCAACACCUAAGGAGGAUGAUGAGUAUAAUCUACCUAAUAGCGCUAAACUCAAAGAUUGUGUCAAAAAUCAUGGUUUUGUGGAGACUUAAGAAGAACCUGAACACACCAAGGAUGUGGGUUGGUAAAGAGUAGCAUCAGGUAAAUGUAAAGCUUCCUCCUUGUCUUUCCUUUUCUCAGCUUUAACUUUGAAAUGUAAAUAAUGUACAGUGAAUGUUGAUUAUGAUAGAUUAUAUUAUUACAUUAAGGAUGCAGUGUCUCAUCAGUAAUUAGUUUAAAAUGCAUGAUUUUGGUUUAUCAUUUAAAUUGAAUAUUCACUAAAUUCAUCCUGGAAUCAACCAGUCUGAUGAGUCUCUGCCAUAACUCCUUAAAAGGAAGUCUUUCGCUGUAGUUUUAGACAAAUCCUCAACUGUCCAGACUUAAGAGUACUCUGUAGGUGAAAAGAUGUUAGUUUUAUUACAGACAUGUACAUAGUCUACAUCUAUUUAUAUUAUUAUGGGCUUAACCAACUCUUAAUGUAUCUUAAAAAUAAUAUUGUAGCUUGA